AUGACGCUCAUCUUCGUGCCGCUCCGGCGGCUCGUCCUGCUGGUGGCCAAGCUGCAGGAGCUGGAGGAGUGCUUCAUGCGCCCCAGGCCGCCGCCCCCGCACAUGUCCGCCGACAUGCAUACUAUCUUGCUGUCAGAAAAGAAACAACAAAUACUAAGCACUGUGGUUCAGGCAUUGUGUGCUUUCAACAUGUUUCCAGGCACAUGA